CUGUUGAAAUAAUUAUAUUACAAAUUUAUAAUAUAAAUAAAAUAAACAUUUAAAAAAAUGACAGAGGCAUUAGUAUUUAGCGAAUUUAGAGGCAAAAAUCAUAAUUUUUUGAGAAUUGGAAAAAAUAAAUAUGUAGUGCGUGACCCAUGGAAAGAACACGGGGAUGUUAUUUGUAAUUUUAAAUCAAAAAGUAAUGAUGUAUUUGUAAUGACACAGCCAAGAUCAGGUACAACAGUUACAACUGAAAUGGCAUGGUUAUUGAUGAACAACUUGGACUAUGAAAAUGCUGGAAAAAUACGACUUGAAGAACGAGUUUUUGAGCUAGAAUUGGGUUUACAUGAAGCCAGAUGGUCUGGACAAAAAGUUGCAAUUCGAAAUGAAAAUGAUCCGACAAUAUUUUCAUCUUUUGAAUGUGAAAAUAUUAAAAAUUAUUAUGAUGCACAUGCAAAUAUAACUGGACCGCGAAUAAUUAAAACUCAUCUGGCAUUUAGUUUACAUAAAGACAUUUUAUAUUCUGGUGCAAAGACAAUUUAUAUCGCACGAGAUCCAAAAGAUCAACUAGUUUCCUGGUGGCGUUUUUUAAAUAAUGGUGACCAGCCAAUCCGGAAAUGUAAAUUUGAAAAAUUGUGGGAACUUACAAAAAAAAAUGAGGUUAACCUUGGUCCAUACUGGCCCCAUGUAAAAGAAGGCUGGAAUUUGCGAAAUAAUAAAAAUGUUUUAUUUUUAUUUUAUGAAGAUAUUAGAAUGAAUCUUUUCGAAACUAUUAAAAAAGUUUCACAUUUUUUGGAUAAAACAUAUUCGGAUGAAGAAAUUCAGAGGCUUGUUUGUCAUUUGGAUAUUGAUAAAUUUCGAAAUAAUCCAAUGGUUAAUUCAGUUGUUGGUUUGCCGAACAUCAAAUCAUGUUUCAUUGGUCAAGGUAAAAUUGGAGGAUACAAAGAAGUCAUAUCAGAUGAAAUUGAUAAAGAAAUUGACGAAUGGAUUUAUGAAAAUCUCAAAGAUUGCGAUAUUAAUUUUCCAACUUUAAAAAACAAGAUAUACUAA